UGUGACUUCAUCAGCUUCGUGAUCGGAGAACUCGCACAACCGACCCGGAGCGCAGAUUGACGACUGUCCUCACUGCUGGACUGUAUAAGUCCAUUUGUCUACGUUGUAGGAUAUCGUGUGGCCGGCACACGAGUUGGACGUCCUUAUCCCGUCGUAUCGUGUCCUGCGUAGCGCAGCGCAGCCACCGCGUACUACUGCUACAUCGCAGUACUAAUACAACGUUGUAUACCACGAUCCCAUCUCGUCCACUACUCUCCCUUCCGAAUUUUCCUUUCCGAUCCAAUUCAACCCGCCUCGUGUCCGAACGUCGAACGAACAUCGACCGUCGACCGUCGAGUCUCAGUCCCUCUUAUCUUAUUCUAUCUAUGUCCUUCCGCCCCGGGACAGCACAGCCGGCCAGCGUCAUUUGUCCCUGUGUCUGUGAGUGAAGGCUAGAGCCAUCGCCGUACAGCAUACGACCUCUGCAUCAGCCUCGAAUGUUACUCUUCCAUCCAUGUGUACUGUACUCCUAUCGACAGACAUAGAUAGAUAGAGACCGAGAGGAAGAAAGAAAGAGGAACAGAAAGAGGCACAGGAAGAGAAAAAGAGAGAGAGAUCAAGAAGGGAGAUACCGCUCGCUCGCUCGGGCCCUCCCUCAUCAUGCCAACAUCUCACAUUGUCACGACGACCCUCCAGGCCGCUGGAUUGAGUGCGACGUCGAAUGUUCUUGCGCAGUUUAUUAAGACGAGGAGAGAGAAUCGUCCAUUUUCACUCAACCUCCGCGCCCUCUUCCAAUUCGUCCUCUUCACCUUAAUAUCAUGCCCACCCAACAUCCUAUGGCAAGAAUUCCUCGAAGACAAGUUUCCGGGAUAUAUAAUCCAAACCAACGGCGACAAAGUUCUCAACAAGUCCAACACGGCGCGCAAGUUCUUGUUCGAUCAAACCCUGGGAGCAUUCGUGAAUACGGUGGCGUUUGUGACUGCCAUGGCGAUCUUCAAGGGGAAGAGUUGGAAGGGCGUGCAGAGGGAGGUUGAACGGGACGUCAUUCCCCUCAUGAUCAACAGUUGGAAACUAUGGCCUCUGAUAGCCCUCAUAAAUUUCACUUUCGUCCCCGUCAAUCGGAGGGUCAUUGUGGCUAGUGUUGUUGGUCUCUUUUGGGGGAUUUAUCUUAGUUUGUUUGCGGCGUUGGAUUGAAUUUGAAUCUGAGUACCUAGUACCUACCUAGGUAGCAAAAAAGGGAAAUUAAAACAAAAUGUGAUUGUCAUUGAUUGAUGGCUGAGAUCAGCAUAAAAGAAACAAGUAAUGAACAAGGAAAGAGGUGUUUCGAAUCAUCAGGAAACAUGGCCGCAAAACGCAGAUGAAGAACUCGAGGAACUGAGAUAAAUGCUAAGUCACUACUGACGAGAAACACGAAAUGGCAAGUACAAGCAAAGUCAAAUCGAGUCAAUAACUGCAAGUCACCUACUGCAACAAUGUGCGCCUGAAUACUUCCCUAUAUGUGCAUCGUAUCGUAUUGCAUUGCAGUAUGGGGUAUAUUUACCUAGCAACGCCAGAAGGAGAAAAAGUACAUACACAUAACAACGGUAUGUACUGUAUGUACAUGAGAUAUAUAUAAUGAGUCUGCGACCGACUCUGCGUGUGCGUGUGCUUGGGAAGUAUAAUAUGUCCACCAUAUCCCUGAA